AUGUCGAUCAACUGGGUGAUGCUGCAAGGCCCCGAAGGCUUUGUUCGACUACCCAAUGAGCAUCAGUUGUUCGCCUCUCCUCCGCGGACAACUCUGUCUCUGCAACCCCUAGGCUCUAGCGCCAGCAAGGACUCUUUUUCCAUGCAAAGCAGUGCCGGUCGAGUCUACCUGACAAAUCAGAGGAUCGUUUACAUUCCCGCGCAACAAACGAAAGAGUUUCAAUCGUUUUCCACACCAUUACUCAAUGUCCAUGACGCCCAUGUCACUGCACCAUUCUUUGGGCCCAAUGCAUGGUUGGCGCUAGUCCAGCCGGUAUCUGGAGGAGGCAUCCCUGCGUCGUUGCCUGCCGUGCAGCUCAAGGUGACAUUCAAAGAGGGAGGGGCGUUUGAUUUCCACAACAAUUUCGAAAGAAUCAAAGAGCGUCUACAACAGGCUGUCGAGAAUACGCAGGCGAGCGGUCGAGGUGCCCGAAAUGUUGACAUGUCUGCAAUCCACCUCGACGAGCUACCUGCGUACACCGGCCCAUCGGGUGGUACAACCGGAGCAGACCACAGUACCGCACAGCAAUCUGUAAGCCCACAGUCUCAACACACAGGGCCAGAAGCGGGAUCAGAGCCGAUGGAGCCACCACCGGAUUAUGAAGAGGUGCAGCAGCAGAGUGUGGCGGAAGCGCUCGAGGAGAGACUGCGUCGAGCCAGUUGA